UGUAUGACAGCUGUUUAUUUAACCCGAUUAGGGAAAACACAAUUCCAUCAAAAUAUGAGCCAACGCUACGAUGGUGACUAGUGAAUUGGGUGUCCUCAGCAUGUCUACAAGACGGAGGUUCAGACCUUCAGAAUCGUUUACAGGCCUGAGUGAGCCUCCGAAGGAUCAGGGCAUCCAUGUUUACCUUUUCUGGACAAAAGAUGGGGAAAGAUAUUUGUCUCACACUGCAGGAGAGGUCACAGCAGAGGAGCUGUGCAUCUCUGCCGCAGAGGCUGUAGGGAUAACACCUCUGUGCCAUGUACUGUUUGCACUGUACAAUCCACAAACAUGCCUUUGGUACAGCCCAAAUCACAUAUUCAAGCCAGAGGAAAACACCAGCCCUGUACUUCACUACUGUAUGAGGUAUUAUUUUCGGAAUUGGCAUGGACUGAAUGAAAAGGAGCCAGCUGUUUCCCGCUAUCUUCCCAAAUCUGGUUCAGAUCAGGGCGGAUCCCCUUUGCUUGAUAUGACAUCACUGGAAUAUUUAUUUUCUCAGGCGAAGUAUGAAUUUGUGAACGAAGUGGUACAAAUGGAAGACGUCCAGACAGAGGAGGAGCUAAGUCGCUUCAAAAAUGAGAGUUUGGGAAUGGCUGUGCUUCACCUCUCACACCAGGCAAUUCAAACACAGUCUACUUUGCAAGAUGUAGCUGCAAAAAUCAGCUUCCUACAGUGUAUCCCAAGAUCUUUCGCCAAACACAUUUCCAGAGACAACUUCCUGACUAAAAUCAGGAUCCAGCGAGUGUUUAAAGACUUUGUGCGGACCUUUCAGCAGCACACAGUGGAUCGGGGCAAGCUGGGCGCUCAGGAGAUCAUGUAUAAGUACAUCUCUACUCUUGAGCACUUGGCACCACGUUUUGGCACAGAGACUUUCCCCGUAACCCACCUGGAUCUGAGGGAUGAUGACGGCAGAAGCAGCUCUUGCUCCAGCACCACCCACGCCCAGGGUGGCUCGAAAGAUGACCUCUGCGGUUCCGUCACGCAUGAAAUAUUGGUUUCCAGCACUGAGGGGAUCCAGUGGAGGAAGGUGUCUGUUCAGAAGGCAAAGGCAAACAAUUACCUCAGGAAUGGCUACAUAAGCUACAUAAGGAAACCAAAACAGCACUCCAGCCAACCAGAUGCAGACACACCCAACAAAUGGACCUUCUUCUGCGAGUUCCCUGAAAUAACUCACAUUGCCAUUACUGAGUCUAAUGUGUGCAUUAGCACUCAAGACAAUCUCUGUAUGGAGGUUCAGAUGAACUCCAGCCAGGAGGCCCAUUCCUUCGUCUCCCUCCUAGAUGGAUACUACCGACUGACUGCAGACGCCCACCACUAUCUUUCUCAUGAAGUGGCUCCCCCAAGGGUAGUGUGGAGUGAAGCAAAUCUACUGCAUGGGCCUAUGCAUGAUGACUUUGUGCUGUUGAAGCUGAAAAGGGAGGCAGCAGAGGAGAGAGCGUUCCUCGUUCGUUGGAGUGCUCUUGACUAUCACCGCAUCAUCCUAGCUGUGCUAAACAAAAAUGAGGACAGCGCAACGCCGAGCCACAAGCAGUUUCGUAUUCACGUAAAGGGUUCGAUGUUCUGUCUGGAGGGCUGGGACCGAGAAUUCUCCAGUAUGAAGGACCUCAAAGAUAGCCUCAAGUCGUUUAUUCUCAAGUCUGGUUUGGACAGCUUUAUUGUCAAAAAGUGCUGUUCGCCAAAAUCUGGAGAGGUAUCUAACCUUCUGGUGAAGAGAAGUGUCAAAGGUGUCGAUCGCCAUGCUCACGCUGACCUCUUAUCCCAAACCUACAAGACGCAUCUAAUGUUCCCCCAAAUCAAGGACAAAGAUAUCAAACAGGAGCAGCAUUUGGGUCGUGGCACCAGAACUAACAUCUACUCGGGACGUCUGCUACUGCGGGAAAGAGGGGAGAACGACGAUGACGAGUUCAACAACAACUCUCACCAAGGCAUCCAAGUGGUUCUCAAGAUUCUGGACCAAAGCCAUGAAGACAUUGCUCUGGCAUUUUUCGAAACCGCAAGUCUCAUGUGCCAGGUAUCCCACCGUCACCUGGUGUCAGUGCAUGGUGUAUCUGUCAAAGGAUCUGAAAACAUCAUGGUAGAAGAAUUUGUGGAGUUUGGGCCUUUGGAUGUUUUUCUUCGCAAAGAAAAGAGUGUGACUCCUCGGUGGAAAUUCAUUGUUGCAAAACAACUCGCCAGUGCCCUCAACUAUCUUGAGAUCAAAGGGUUGGUUCAUGGAAAUGUCUGCGCCAAGAACAUCCUGGUGGCAAGAAGUGGUUUAGAACUCAACACUACUCCUUUUGUCAAGCUGAGUGACCCAGGAAUUGCCCUGAGUGUCCUUUCACGGGAAGAGCGUCUGGAGCGUAUCCCAUGGAUUGCCCCUGAGUGCAUUGACAGUCAUGCACCCAUUGGGAAUCAUGCUGACCAGUGGAGCUUUGGUGUAACGCUGCUUGAAAUCUACAACAACGGCGAUCUUCCCUUCAGCUUCAACACGUUGUCUGAGAAAGAGCGCUUUUAUCAGCAAAAGGGCCGCUUAGCUGAGCCAUCUUCCCAGGAACUGGCCAGGUUCAUCAAUAUGUGCUUGACCUAUGAGCCGGAGGAGAGGCCGUCAUUCCGCAAGGUUCUCAGAGAACUCAUUGAGCUCAUGAGGAAAGAUUUGUUCAUUCACUCUGUUACGCCUCCCAGCGAAAUUUCCCCUAACACAGACCCCACCGUGUUCCAUAAACGCUACCUGAAAAUGUUGCGGGUCUUAGGAGAGGGUCACUUUGGGAAGGUGACUCUCUACUUGUAUGACCCUAACAAUGACGGGAAGGGAGAGAAGGUGGCGGUGAAGUCUUUGAAGCAAGAAAAUGACAAAGUGUCUGACGGCUGGAUGAAGGAGAUUGAGAUCCUGAAAUCCCUUUAUCACAGCAACAUUGUGAAAUACAAAGGCUGCUGCACAGAACUGGCAGGUCAAGUUGUGCAGCUAAUAAUGGAGUACCUUCCUCUGGGGAGUCUGAAAGACUACCUCCCCAAACGUAACCUUGGGAUGGCCCAUUGCCUUAUGUUUGCUCAGCAGAUCUGUCAGGGAAUGAAUUACUUGCACUCAAAGCGGUACGUCCAUCGAGAUUUGGCUGCCCGCAAUGUCUUGGUGGAAAACGACAGUUUGGUGAAGAUCGGAGACUUCGGCCUGACAAAGUACAUCCCUGAGGGAGAGAUCUACUACCGUGUCCGUGAGGAUGGAGAUAGUCCGGUGUUCUGGUACGCCAUCGAGUGCUUGAAGGAGAGUAAAUUUUCCUUCUCCUCUGAUAUUUGGUCCUUUGGAGUUACAUUGUAUGAGAUCCUGACCCGCUGUGACCGUCGCCAAAGCCCUCCAGACAAGUUCUUCGAAAUGAUGAAGGAAGCUCAAGGACAGAUGACCGUGGUGAUACUGAUUAAACUGCUGGAUCAAGGAUUGCGGUUACCUUGUCCCAAGGACUGCCCACACGAGGUGAAGAUUUUGAUGGAGCAGUGUUGGAGUGCAGACCCUUCAAAACGACCAGAUUUUGAGUUCCUCAUCAAAAAGUUUCAGGCUCUACGCCAAACAUACAACUGGCAGUCCUUUUCCUAGGCUCAGAUUCGCUGAUGAGGACCGUGUGGAGAUCCAUUUGACGACAAGUCAUCGCUUUGCAACUAUAUAUUAAGGGGAAGCCAGUAAUGUGAUUCUUGCCUCUAUUAAGAGAGAUAUAUUUACAGCCUUUCCAGAAUAAAAGCACACUGCUAUCCUCUUAUAUGUAAUGCUAACAUAGUAAUAAACUCAGUCGGUGUGUCUUUUUCUUCCUUACCCAUGAGUUGAAUUUCAUGGGGGGGGGGCUUCAUGUUUGUCAAAUGUUAAAGGUUUGCCUACAUCACGGUGAGUAUUAAGAGUUUGUGUAAGGUUGAGGGAUUACUGUAUCUCAUUUUGUUUAGUUAUUGUACAUUUCUUGAGUGUGUUUAAUUUUGUAAACUUUAAAUGAUGAAUGAAUUCAGAAUCUAAUAAACCAUUUUUCACAAGCUUUUAUUAAAGCCUAAAAUAGACUGAUGAA